UUUCAACUUAGCUUUCUUCUUCUUCUUCGUCUUCUUCUCCCCAUUCAUCAGUCUUUGUUUUCAAUAUGCACCACGCAUACACAGCCACAGGGUGAACGCCCAUCAAUAAAGAACUUUUCUUCUUCUUGUUUUUAAAACUAAAUCUUGGUAUAUCUGAGGCUAAGCAUGGCGGCAUCAAAGGCUGACUAUGAGGCUGUGGCCCAUGAGGAAUUGCAGAAAGAAGAAGAAGAAGGAGGAGGAGGAGGAGGAGAACAGGAAGAAAGUGUUGAUGAAGGAGGAGUUGAACAUGGGUUUUGGUCGCAUGGAAGCAAACUGUUGAGUGAUUUUCCAGAGAGUGUCGGGAGGCAGUUCAAGAGGGGGGCUUCAACUACCGUUCCUCUCUUCUUUGUUCUUCUCUUCAUCGGUGCCUUCUUCUUUAUUCGCUGGUUUGAUGUUUCCCUUUUCUCAGGAACCUCUCUAGAGAAAGCCUUUAGCACCUUCCAAACAACCGAAGAAAACUGCACCAAGGAAAACAUAACAUGCUCAACCAAACAGCACCCACUCUCCGGUAAUGCAUGCCCGGACUACUUCCGGUGGAUCUACGAGGAUCUCCGGCCAUGGGCGGAGACCGGAAUCACCCAAGAGAUGAUGGAAGCAGCGAAGGACCCAGCAUUCUUCAGGCUAGUGAUAUUGGACGGAAAGGUUUACAUGGAGAAAUACAAGGGGGCUUUUCAGACAAGGGACGUGUUCACCAUAUGGGGGAUUCUGCAGCUUCUGAAGUUGUAUCCGGGGAAGGUGCCGGACUUGGAACUGAUGUUUGAGUGUGGAGACCGGCCGAGGAUCAAGGCAAGUGACUAUGGAGGAGGAAAAGGGAAGAAGAAGGUGCCGCCUUUGUUUCACUACUGCGCAAGUGAUGACACCUUGGAUAUUGUCUUCCCGGAUUGGUCCUUUUGGGGUUGGCCAGAGAUAAACAUAAAACCAUGGAAUUCCUUGAGAAAGGAACUAGAAGAAGGCAACAACAGAACCAAGUGGGUGGAUAGAGAACCCUAUGCUUAUUGGAAAGGCAACAUCAGAACUAGUGGAAAUAGACAGGCACUUUUCAAAUGUAGACCCUCAAACAAUCAUGAUUGGAAUGCUCGCGUAUAUGACUUGGAUUGGGGACGGGAGUCUCACGAAGGGUUUAAAGAUUCGAAUUUGGCAAGCCAAUGCACUCAUAAGUACAAGAUUUAUAUGGAAGGAAUUGCUUGGUCAGUUAGUGAAAAAUAUAUUCUGGCCUGUGAUUCUAUGAGCCUGGUUCCAAAGUCUCGUUACUAUGAUUUCUUCACCAGAAGCUUGCAGCCAACAAUCCACUACUGGCCCAUACAACAGAAUGAUAUCUGCAGAUCUGUUAAGUAUGCUGUGGAUUGGGGCAACAAGCAUCCACAAAAGGCACAAAAGAUAGGUAAGGCUGCAAGCAACUUUGUUCUAGAGGAGCUCAAGAUGAAUUAUGUGUAUGAUUACAUGUUUCAUCUCUUAUCUGAAUAUGCCAAACUCUUCAAAUAUAAGCCAACAGUACCUCCAGGAGCCAUUGAAAUUGUGCCAGAGACAAUGGCCAACACUGGGGGAGACUUAGAGAAGAUUUAUAAGAAUGAAAGCUCAGUAAAAGGCCCUGCAACCACAAGCCCAUGCACCAUGCCUCCUCCCUAUGAUCCCAAAGCUCUUAAAGCUUUUCUCAAGAGGAAAGACAAAGUGACCCGUAAAGUGGAGAAGUUGGAAGCAAGUGGAAAUCUUAAUAAAGACAUCUCCCCCUAAAUUCUUAAUGGGGGAAGGCCAAUUUUUGUAAAUCAUGUUGUCUAAGUAUCCAUUUUCCAUUAUUUUGGUUGUGAAGAAGGGGGAUUAAUCACAUAUUCACACCAGCCAAACAAAGAUAAUGAGGGUAUGCAUGUCAAAGCUUACUCAUUUAUAGGUUUUGUUAAUUCUCUUAUACACAAUAAAUCUUUGAAUUUAUCUCACUUUUAUGAGUCAUAUAACUUUAAUA